GGGCAAAAACAUUGCAAACGCGGCGCCGUAGUAAUUAGCUGCAUCCGAGUAAAAGAGGAAGGUGGGGGGGGAAGGGGAAAAAAAAGACAAUCCUGCUCCAGAGCUUUGCUUUUCUUCAUUGCCUACCUCUUCCCUACAGUUUGCAGCACUGCUUCCUCCACUCCCUACCUUUCCCGUUGCAAUUGCUACUUUUUCCUCUCUCGCACAGAGAGAGAGAGAGAGGGUCAUGUCUAGCGUGCAGCAACAGCAGCUCCCCGGCGGCUGCCUGGAGUGGAUGGCGGCCCGGAGGACCUACCCCCUGCACGCCAGGACGGCGGUGUGCCGGAGCCUCUUCGGCCCCAUCGACCACGACGAGCUGCGGCGGGAGACGAAGAGCAAGCUGCGGGAGAUCAGCGAGCGGGACCGCAGGCGGUGGAACUUCAACUUCGCCGCCGACACCCCGCUGCUGGGGGGCGACUACGAGUGGGAGGAAGAAGGCGGCGAGGACGUGCCCGCUUUCUACCGCGAGAGCGUCCACCGGGGCAGGCUGCGGCUCCCGUGCCCCGUGCCGGAGUCCUGUCACUCGGGCUGGGGCGGCACCAGCGAUCCUGCCGCUGCCCUCGACGGCGGUGCGGACUCACCCGGCCUGGCCCACCGCUUGUCGGGGCUGGAAGGCAGUGAGACCAACCAGGAGAACCGCUCGGAUAACUUGCACUCAGGAAUCAAAGCGGGCAGAGCGCCUUGUUCGCGCAAAAGGAGCUCCACGGCACGAAUCACAGACUUUUUCACCAAGCGAAAGAAGACAGUCGGAUCGAAAGCUUCCAGUGAGAACGCGUGUCUCUCGGGGGUGCCCGGGGAACAGACUCCGCGGAAGAGAAUACGAUAAAAGAGAAGGAAGGGGCAAAACCCAGACGGACAAAACAAAAUAUUUGCACUCUUUUUUUUUAACUCUCUUUUCAAUGAAAGAAGCGGCUGACAACGACGAUCACCAUCUUGACUACUCCACGGACUGAGCAAAAAGCAAAGGACACUGAUUCCGGAGAGCGAAGGGGAUUCGCCGUCUUUUCGAUUUUCUUUUUCUUAAUAUAUGUAUACGAAAUGAAUACACAGUACAUGUAGCAACCCAACCUCCAGUGGCGCUCCCACUGCAGCAGAACACAGCGUGCAAUUUCAACUUUUAUUUUGCAUUGUGUGUCUACACUAUCCAAAGUGUAAACGUUUCACAAUGAGUAUAUUACGGGCAAAAAAAGUUCUAAAGUAAUUCUGAUAUAUUUCAGUACGACUCCAGAUGUAUAUUUGUAAAAUACAAAGGCUUAUACUAACUUAUAUUUCCUAUUUAUGUUAAGAAUGGUUUGGACCAGUUGUGACACCCAAUUGUCCCCUAACAAAGGGAGCUAAAAGAGUAAUCUUGACUCGCUUUAUUUACAAAAUAUGUAAAUAUUUUUUAUUUUUUUAGUGCGUGCCUUGCGUUCACAUUUUGUUUGUAUCUAAAAUAUUUAGGUUACUUGAAGGUGAGCAUAGAUCCCAUGUUUUGUUUUCUUUGGUUCUGAGCCGUUUAAUGUACCACUGCCACGUUUGUGUUGGUAAAAGUUUUGGAUUACAAAAAGUGCAUUUCUUGUUUCCGCUGAAUAAACGAAUAUCGUUUAAUUAA